AUGAGUGAAGAAAUAGGCCAAGGAGAAAACAUAGCAAAUAUUGGUGACCUUAAAGUGAAGUCGGCAACUUCUACUCAUAAAGAUGACUCUCCUAUUCAUUUUACAGACAAAGGUGACAAUGUCCAAACCAGCAAAGUGUCAGAGAAUGAAGAACAAUCUGCUAAGACACUGGAUUCCCCAGAAGAUUCCCCAGAAGAAAAGCACCCAGAUAUGGACAAAGAUGGCAACCAAGAUUAUUUAGUCAACAAAUCUGAAUUCACAGAAGAAAAUCUGCCUGAUACCAAAACCCAACUUAACAAUGACGUCAUGUUACCAGACCAUCACAGCUUUUCUACUGAACCAUCUGGAUCAACUGAAGAAACACUAGGGUUACACUCAAAUGAAGACAACACUGACAAAAUUACUGAAAUCAACCAACAAAAUCUACCAUUUGGGGAGAAUCUGCUCUUAGAGGCCUCCAAUGGUGAGGGAGAUGGCCCCAACCAACUGGACUGCGAAACCACGGACACAGAGUCCUCCUCAGCUGAACAUGAAAGACCUGCUAGUGCCUAUACCACCAGUUAUGAAGAAUACUCUUUACUUCUGGAACUGCUAACAGAAGAACAAGCUAACACCAUUGAAUAUAGUAAGAAGUUGCACAUGAAGCUAGCUCCGGUACUUGCUAAGAAGCCCAAAGAGGAGAUGGAAAGGAUGCUGCAGGGGGAAUUGCACGUGGAAAGUUACGAGGAGAGUCUGGAAAUGCUAAACAAGCUAAAACUAAACAUGAGGGAGGAGCGAGAGAUUGGGGAGAGGCAGGUGGAAGAGCUAAAAAUGCAGGCGCAAGAGAAGUUAAGCAAGGUGGACAAAGAAUGUAGUGAACUGCUGUCCGUAAAGAAGGAAGUGGCAGUGAUGGUGAUGAGUCGGCGCAUGGCUAAACCAGAUGCCCUGGCUAAGGUUGAGUUUGCACUGGCCUCAGAGGAGAGGCACCAGGACGAGCUGACCAGACUGCGUCUCCAGAACUUCAGCUUGGAGAACCGGAUCCGAAGACUGGAGCUAGAAAUAAGUGAGGCCGACCGAAACGCCACCAACCCCUUCCAGCGCGAGUACGAGAAGCUCCACGCACGGAGAAUGGAGAGGAAGAAGGAUGGGGAGAAGAGACACAAGGAAGCGCUCAGAGUACAGAGGAGAGUGGAGAGGAAUGUAGAGAUGGUGUCCAACAUCAAGCAGAGGCUCCAUUGCACUGAGACAGAGAUCCAGCACAAGCUUGAGAAACUGGCCCAAGUGGAUGCCAUUUUGGCUCAACACAGAGACAAGCUGGCUAACAUCAAGCAAGCUCGCAACAGCCUACAGAGGGACAACACCAGGCUGAAGGAGCAGCGUGGCCUUCUGGGAAACGAAGUCCUAUUAAGAGACUACGACUACAUCAAGCAGGCCAAUGCUAUGCUAGAAGAAAAACUACAUGACUUAAAAUGUCGUCAAGCAGAUUUAGAAUUCUUUUUAAACAGGAGGAAGAAGAGGUUUCAGACAAUGUGAGGUGGAGGCCAUGAAUUGUAAUUAAAGGUGCAAUAUGUAAUU